CCAAUAGUGUGCAGCAACCGGUUGUCAUGUAAUCACAUGCUCUGCUGUGUCUGAAAGAGUUAAAAGUGGGAGGAUGCAAGAGAGCUUUUAGCAAGUCGUGUUAGGAAGAGGGGAGGACAGAAAGAACAGCAGAAAUGAGCCCAAUCGGGAUAUUAACCUGUGUCACGACUAAGGUAGGAGGCUGCCAACCGGCAUUCAGUCUUCCUCAUGAUCAUCUCUGUUUUAUCAAGCUCAGGCUGCUAUUGAGGGACUAAAAUAGGUGCUGCAGUCAGAGUGAUCUCACCGCCUGAGUGCAGCAGGACUCCUGCAACAGACACAGGCAGAGAGCUAUCGGGAACACACUGUGACUUAGUGUGAUUCCGGAGAUCAGUGAGCCCCCACAACGUAAGAUGAGUGCAAACAGUGGCCGCACACUCACCGUCAGUGGACACGAUUUAGCCAAGAAUGGCAGCAGCAACACCGGAGCCCCCUGGGAAGAUGCUGGGACAGUUUUGAAGCCCACCACCCCCACCAGAAAACCCCAACCGCCCAAGCCACAGAAUGCCAUCACCAUUGCUGUUUCAUCCCGGGUUCUCUUCAACAUGGAGAAGGAGCAGCAGAUCUUCGAGCGGCAGGGGAUGGAGGAGUACAUCAAAUACCAGGUGGCUCAUGAAACAGAGCCUUUCAGUCCUGGACCGGCCUUCUCCUUUGUCAAGGCUUUAGAGGCCGUCAACACUCAGCUGAGAGAACUUUAUCCUGAAAGCGAGGAGCUCUUUGAUGUGGUUCUCAUCACCAACAACCACGCAAAUGUUGGUUUGAGGCUCAUCAAUACCAUCAAUCAUUACC